UUCUUGCAGAACAAUGCAUUUUGUUUUAUUUUUCUUAAUCACCAUUUAAGUAAUAAACUCAUUAGGCUGUUAAUUCUCCUGCAUACAUUUAGCACCUAAUCCUUGGUUUUAUAAUGGAUUAUUUAUAACCUGACAAGUGUAUUUGUUUUCUUUUUUGUGUGCCUAAUGUUUUUUCCCUCACUCAUCGAAUAAAAUGUUUGGAAGGCCAAGAUGCAGGGAAUGGACACCAUUAACAACCCAGCAGCUUCGUCUACGCAGCUUGAUUCAGAUAGUGGGAUACAACAUAAGACCACCUGAAUGGUGUAGGCAUCAAUGUAGUUACUAUCUUACUUUACACCAUACAACCAUGUCAGCGCCCUUCUACACCAGUGAGAGAAUAUGCUCGCCACAUCCAAAAUGGAAAGAGAUUGACUCUGAAAUAACGCAACGCAUGUCCUCCACGAAUAUUGUAAUAAGAAUAUGGUGUCACGUACUAUUACCGGCUUCGAAAGACGAAGAAGAAAAAUGUCAACAAAUGCAGGACACAGUCAUUCAAACGUGGGGCGUAUACUUCAGCGGCCUUCGGUACAUCGGGGCUAAUUUAUCCUUAAAUUUUACCUCUGAUUGCUUUAAAAGUAACACUCUAGUAUUCCAAAUGCAUGGUGGAUACUUCUGUUCAUACAAAAGUUUGAAAUUAGACGUGAUCCCACCGGAAAACGAGAUAGAACAAGGAUCUUUGUCGUCGGACUCCUCCGGCAAAACGGGAUGUUUCAGAAUAACCCUCGAAUCGAAAGUUAUACAGAAUUAUAAACAUAUGAAGGAGUCCAGAUCCGUUUCGCCCGGCAGGUUUUCGAAAAUCUCCGAAAAGGAGUAUUCGAAAAGCCAAAGCCCCGUGGAAAGGGGUUUUAAACAGAAUUUCCCCACAUUCAAGAGUUCUUCCAGUUUGACCACUUCUUUAAGUCAUAGGGAUAGGCGAGAAGAUAGCGUAGAAAGAAAAAAGGUAGAAGUUAAUCCUAAUCAUAUAUACGAACAUUCCCCAGACAAUGUCGACGUUAGGGAAUUUUCGACAACUGAACAUAACUGUGAUAUAUCUGCCUCACAAGAGGAACUAUCAAAUAACAUAGAUUUGAGUGAGACGGCGGAGAGCUAUGACUUACGGAACGAGUCCGAUGUGCCAAAGUAUAGGUAUUUGGCGAUAAACUUCCUGAAAUCGGAAAUAAGGCCGAGCUACAACGCGACGAAAUUGCAAAACCUCCAUUUACUGCAAUACUCGAUAAAGAAGCGUCAGGAAGCAGUUCAAGAAAUAAAGGAAAGGAUUUACAAAAAGUCAGCUUUAUCUGAAAGUUUGUCCGCUGACUUUGAGGUUAAAUUAAAAGGGAAGAGUAGGUCGUAUCGUAACAUUUUCUCGCCUGAGGAUAGUGAUGAGUUGAGAAAGGAGAAAUCGUCAUCCCAAAGUGAUUUGUCUGUCAAAAACGGUAGGAUAAAGGAUGAUAGGACUCCAAUAUCUAACGGACCACGGCUUACUUUAAAACUUAACGAUUUAUUGUCUUACAAGUCAAAACCGUCGCCCUUCCAAAGAUCAGAAUAUCUAAGGCUGACGAAGCAGUUAGAGAUAUUACAUUUCAAAAGGCUCAUACUAUCCGACGAGAGAGAUAGCAAAUUAGCUAAUAUAAGGAGACUGAAAGAGACGCACGCGAAACUGUUCGAAGAGAAUCAGGAUGUAGGCUCCGAAUUAAUGCAAAGCUAUCACACGCUGUCGCGUAGAACGGAACAGUUGAAAGAGACAAGGGAAUCUUGUUACGCCAUGCGCGAGUUGGCUGCGCGGGCGCACGCCGCUCUCGCGAGCUACAGGAGCAAUAUGCUUAUGGAGUUGCAUAAGAUAUUUUACGUAGAACAGAAAGCCCCAACAACCUGGUCAAUAUGCGAUAUCCCCUUACCGAUCUGCGGUGACGACAGUCCGCGGGCAUCGAACCCCGUACCCGACUCCGUAGCCGCCGGUUUCGUGGCGCAAGCUACGUCACUAGCGGCGGCCAUUUUGAAUCAGCCCCUGCGAUACAAAAUAACGCUACUAGGGUCGGCCAGCAAAAUACUGGACAUCACACCGGAUUUGCCGGAUCCCAAUAUACCCCUAUUCGCGCGGGGAGGCGACAUAACCCUCUUCCGAUACGCACUGUUCCUGUUGAACAAGUGUAUAGCUCAGUUGCUAUGGGGAAGGGGUCUGAGUGUCCACGACAUGAGGCCAACGUUGGCCAAUCUACAGCGACUGUUGACCACGCCUAGCAAUUUAUCAGACACGUCGAAACUGUUCGGCACGUAUCGUUGGCUUGAGGACAGUCAAUGUGCACGCACGCAGUCCUUACGCAAUCUCGUGCCUUCAGAGCGGGGGAAGUACCGACAGUUCAAUAGGUUUAAGGAAUGCGUCGAUUCUCACUCUCCACAAAAGGGCUUCAAUAAGAGACAUAAACAUUCCCGAAGCGUCGGCAGUUAUCACGAUGAUCAAGACCUGUCAGCUUUAAACGACUCAACGUUAUCAAUAAUGGGUUCAGAAUCAAACAUAUACAAUAUGAAGCUGGCCAAAUCGGACUGCUCCCAAAACCUAAAACAGCACAACUCCGACUCGGAAAUAACCAAAAUUGAAUCGAGAGUCGAUACAGAUAGAGUUCAAUUCACUUUGGGUGAUGAUACGGAGUUGGAAGAAAAACUUGUACGCCUUUCGACUAACAACGACGACGAAGUCACCUGUUCGACGUGCUUAGACGAGAACGUGAAACGGAUAUGCUCCGAAAUAACCAGUUUCUGCUCGAACACGUCGAAAAGCAGUUACGACUUGCCGAAAAGUGAUAUAGAUAUAGCGAAAUAUAUGGAGAGGAAGGCCAGUGUCGAGAUCCAGGAGGUUACGGAAUGCGUUAAUUGUGACAGUGAGGAGAGUAUAUGUGAUUUGGGAUGCGCGAUUAACGUUCGGGACGUUAUUGUCAUACCAAGCGCGGAAGCCAUCUUGGAUACCGGGCAGGAUUUGAAUUUGGAACAACAAGAUGUUUAACGGUUAAUGACGCUGCCGAGCUAAUGCUAUUUCCGGACGGAAUUCUAGGCGAUAUAGUAUCACUAGAACCGGAAUUUCCGGUCGGUUUUACGCAACAUUUUGAUUCCGGAAUUGUAGUAUAUACAUUCUAGAAUUUCAUUGGACAGUAUAUCGCUGUUUAAUGAAAUUCCGACGGAAAUUUUAAAGUUUUCGGUAUUGUAAAUUUACGUAUCGUGUUGAGGAAUUGCGGGACCUUCGACCGAAAUAUCGCCAGUUCGGCAGUAGCGUAUAGCAAUAAUUGACAGUUAUAGACAAUAUUAUUUAUUUAUGUAUAGGCUGUUUCGUAAUUUAAUUAAAGUAAGUUUAGGUUACGAAAACUUGGGGUCAUUUUUGGAUUAUAGUCUUCGAAUUUGUAACUACUAUAGAACAUUGGAAAAUUAGCCAUCCAUGAAAGUACUCCGGGUCGUCUGUGUGCUUAUAAAGUGUCCGUAAAGAUCGAAUACUUCAAAUCUGCUGUAAGUGUAAAGCCGGGGUAUUAGAGUUUCUGCAUCCGAAACAUUCAACCAGACUGCUUUUGAGGCUUAUUAUUAAAAAUUAUAUACCAAACACGCUACAUAAAUGCUGUAAGUUGAGGAUUUGGGUUAGUUUAGAUGCUGCACCCUUAACCACACUGUUUUGGUGGACUAUAAUCGUAAAAAAAGAAACUAUCAAGGCCAAACAGGGCAAAGACUGUAAGUUGAGGACUUGUGUUGUUGAAAUGUUUCACCCAAAACGGUCUAGUUGGCUGUCUUGGUGGCCAAUAAUCUCAAGAAAUAUCAAGACCAACCUAGCUGAGAUGCUACACUCAUAACCGUCACCCAGACUGUUUUGGUGGACUAUAAUCUUAAAAAAAGGAAAUAUCAAGAUCAAACAGCGCAUAGACUGUAAGUUGAGGACUUUGGUAGUUGAAAUGUUUCACCCAAAACGGUCUAUUUGGCUGUCUUGGUGGCCAAUAAUUUAAAGAAAUAUCAAGACCAACCUAGUUGAGAUGCUACAUCCAGAACCGUAAACCAGACUGUUUUGGGGAUUACAAUCAAAAAUAAUUAAAUAUCGAAGCGAAAUAGUAAAUGACUGUAAGUUACAGUCUUAGGUACUUGAAAUGUUGCAUCUAAAAUGGACCAACCGACUGUUUUGAUGGUUUAUAAUCUUAAAAAAAUAUCAAGAUUUAGUCUUGACUCUCACCUGCUCAACUUCUCAACUUACAGAAUGCGACGUACAUAUUCAGGAGCUACGAUCAGGGUACAAUCGUUCAAGGUAAUUUACUUUUGGAGUGUCGUUAGUUUAUUACUUUACUUAAUGUAUCGAAACGUUUAAAUUACAAUUAGAUAAGCCAAUUUUAAGUAACAUAAACAUCUAUUUACGUCUGUAAAUUCACUAGUGAAAAGCUGAUUUAAUUGAUUGAUAAAACAUAAUACAAACACAAAUUAAAAUUAAACCGCAUGACAGACAGAUGUACACAUAAUGGAAAAUGCGUCCAAACUUAUAACACCCCUCUAUUUCGUCGGGGAUCAACGAAGUGCUCGAAUUUAACGAUUAUAGAGAUUAUAGAGUUAUAGAUUAAUGUUUUUUUAUAUUUUACUAUUCACGUAAAAUCACGUUUGCGAACCAACCCGACCCGUAAGUGUGCCUUUCAAUUAGAGACGUGUGAAGAUGUGUAACGAUGACUUUAAAUCCACUCAUAUUUAUUAUAUUUUCAUCGUAUGGCUCAAAAGCUAAGCCAUCAAAACAAAGUGUUAAUUAAUCAAUAAUACUAGAUCAAAUCGUAGCGGUGAUAGCCCAGUGGGGACUUCGACUUCACAUUCGAGGUGCCGAGUUCGAAUCCCAGCACGCACCUCUAACUUUUCUAAGUUAUGUGCGUUUUGAGCAAUUCAAAUAUCACUCGCUUCAACGGUGAAGGACAACUUCGUGAGGAAACCUACCUGCCAUGGAGAACUCUCUUCUCCAUUAUGUACUCAAAGGUGUGUGGAGUCCAACAAUCUGCACUGGGGUAGCGUGGUGGACUACAGCCUUAACCCCUUCUCAUUAGAGACCCGUGCCUUGAAGUGAACCGGUAAUGGCUUGAUUGGAUGAUGACUAGAUCGAAAAGCGUGUUCUGUUGUUUAAACUCAGUUAAAAGUAUUCUAAAUUAUUAGGAACGGUAUUAGAUUACCUUCGCUCGUGAAACUUUCAGUAAAUUCCAUAUAUUUAAUCACGCAGACCAUUACAGAAAACGUUAUAUUUCAGCAGUAAUCCUUAAUAAUAUUAUAAAUACGAAAAUGUUUGUUUGUCCUUCCCUCACGACGUUCAAGCUACCUUGAAUUUUGUUAUCUUCUUCUUCUUCUUUUGAUUUAUGGCUUUUCGUAGUGCCAAAACAGCACAAUGUACUUUGCCAGUGUCAAAUAGCUAAUUUUGUUAUCAUAAGCUACUUUACUUUUGUGUCAGGAAAACAAGCGGUUUCGCACGGGAUUAAAAAAAAACCAUAAUAAAAGUCCGCGUUUAUUAUUGUUUUGUUUUAAAACGACGGAAAUAAAAAAAUAAACACUCGUUGAAAUAUCAUAUCAUAAUAAUAGUUGGUUUCAAUAUCGUGAACUCACCGUGGCGUACAUAAAGGGUAUACACAGGGUAUGCAGAUGUUAUAAAAUGAAGAAAACCUCCUGUUAGAGUUACAUAAAAAAUCAUCAUAUCAAACGAUAGACAUCCAC